UUUGUAUCCGCAGCUACAGGAUCUGUAGUACAGAUGGUGUCGUUUGUCAAGCGUGUAUCGCUAACACUAUGUAUAAUGCUUUUCACGUAGUCUAUUUGGUAGCAUGCGGCGUUUUCUUAGUGAGUGGCUCGACGAGUUUGGAAUAUAUGGGAACUUGUGCCAAUCUGACGUCGAUCGUCUGUUUCUUUCCCAACAAUUGUGAUAAUUUGACGUGCGCGGAAGGCGCUGGUGGGAAGACUUGUGAGACGUGUAGACCUAAUGCGACAGAAUAUAAAUCUUACUUCAGAAGUGGUGCUGUCUGUCUGUCUUGUCCUAUUGUUCCAUGGUCAAGCUUGGUCACCCUCGUCUUGUUCGGCAUCAUCAUCUUCGGAGCUGCCAGUCAUCACUCCUCUACAUCAGCAGCUGUCAAGGUGAAGCUGCUUAUGGACUUUUUACAAUUAACAUUUCUCUCUCUCAGCCUACGAGUUUCAUGGCCCAAAACUCUUGCUACAAUCCUAGACAACUUCAAAGUGUCUUUCAUUAACGCCAGAAUUUUUAAUAUUGGUUGUUACACUGACACGCCCACGGCAUUUUACAUCACGUGGCUCUCGUCGAUCUUUCCGCUUGUUGUCAUCACGGUAUCUGUUGUUAUUGCAGACAGAUGUAUGUUGAGGCUCCUACGAAAGGAGAGAAGAGACCAGCGGCAGGACAGGUGGACAGAUAGACGUAGUCAUGUACGCCGGUUGCUAGUCUACAUGUGGUUCAUCAUGUACGCACCAGUGGCAAGUCUCGCCAUACGAUCAUAUGCAUGCGAAAAGAACAUCAAUUCUAACAUUUGGUGCCAGGAGAAUAACAGAAAUGAAACGACAUCCGAUAGCAACAGAUGGGCAUUUGACCAGUCACAGAAUUGUGAUCAAUACUGGUUCCAGGGAGUAACGUUUGUAUCGACGUUCAUCCUCGGGUUCUUUACUCUUCUGUUUCCACUUCUAAUGUUGUUCUGCACAAUAAGAAUUUGGAAAUUCAAACUGCAGAAGAAAAAAAUUUGUUUGUAUGGAUCAUUUUACGAAGCCUAUGAAUCAUCAUGGUGUUUCAUGGAAGGUGCCGUUUUACUGCGAAAACUGAUGUUGAUUAUUGUGACUGACAUUUACUCUAUAAAACCCCUUGUACAGAUCUUAGUGUCUGUAGCCAUCAGUUUGAUAUACCUGUUUGUUAUUGUAUGUGGCAAGCCCUACAGGCGAAUAUCGUUUAAGAUCUGCGACAGCAAGGUGGACGUUCACAAUAGUUUUGAGAUACUUGCAUCAGUCACUGUCCUGGCCAAUCAACUCUCCGCCAUUCUCUUCUUUUACAACAUUGUUGCGGACGCAGCUCAAUACAUCCUGUUUAUUGUCAAUGGAACGACGCUCUUUGUCUGGCUUUUGAUAUACUUUGGACAGGGAUGUUUCGAAGAGACAUGGAUAGAUGAGAUUGAGGACGAGACUGAUGGUGAAAUUGAAGCGGAACCGCCAACUGCUCUUGAUGUGAUGCCUUUCUUUCUGAAGAAGAAAGGUGGCAUCACGGCUGCUGAGCUGAGAAAUCGUGAAGUUGCCGUAUCGGACUUCUGACGUAUUGAUUAGAAACGCGACACAAUGAGAGAGAGAGACCGGACCAUGCCACAUGAGUAGUAAUAACAUGUACCAUUCUAUGUGAUAUCAUCAUAUUAAUUAAUUAAUUUUACGAGAACAUUUUUAGCAGUGAAAAAACAUGCUGACAUUGAAAUCAAUCAUUGAAGCAGCAGUUCUUUCUAGUAUGUAUAGUACAUCAUAGUGUGAAUAUUGAAGCUCAUAUAGCUUAGAGACCUUAACGCUGGCACUACAUUGUCUAUAACCAAAGAAGCUAGCUGUAUCACUUGAAUAAAACUUUACUGUUUGUGUUGCGUGCAUUGAUAUUAGU